AUUUUGCUGCUAUAUGGCGUAGAUUGUUGUGUCUGUACUGUUGGCUGUGUUUACAUUUGGAUAUUUUUGUACACUGCCCAUUUGUGACAUCUGUUUAUUAAUUAAAGGAUAAUUGAAAGGGUAUGAAAGUUUCCAGACUGUUUUUUAAAUUAUUAAAAUGGAGAAUUAAUUAAUAUCAAAGCUUGAUUUCCGGGUUUAGUAUGCAAUGUUUUUUUUUUUUAAAGUUUAUUUAAGCUCAACUCUAGGCCUAAGCUUUCAUUAAAUUUUAAUUUAGGCUUGUUAGGCCUAGUUCAAAGUGAGUUUAAAAAACUUAAGUAUAAUAUAAUUUAAAAACAUAUAGGACCUAUACCAUGACCUAUUCAUUUAAAAUGGAUUGCUCGGGACCGGUGAUCGAGACAAGAUUUUUGUAGUCUGUAGUAAUAAAAAACUGAAGUAUUAGAAGUUAAGUAGUAGUAAAUUAGCAAAAAGGCCUUAACUUUAAAAGCACCCGGUGACCAGCUUUAAAACUUCAAGAGUGAGCCUUGCUUUUGACUAUGUCUUCUAUUAAAUAGAUUAGGUUUAAGCCUAUUAUUUAUGGAUUAAGACAGGCCUUGGCCUUGGCUUACUUAUCCUUCUUUAAAUUUAAAUAAUAAUAAUUAACUUAUUUUUUAGUGUAAGUGUAUAUAUAAUUUAGUCUUAAGUCUAAGCCCUACUAACCUACGACAUUGUUGUAUAGGCUAUAUCUGUAUCAUACUCAAGAGAGAGAAUGAAGUAUCACAUGACAAUUAAACCUUGGUCAUGGUCUACUGAAUGUUUUAGUUUUAUGGCAUCAGCAGAUUAAUUAAUGCAAGCACUAAAGUUGCAAACUAGUAAUUUUUCUAUCAGUUAUAUCUAUCAUUGUCAGGAUAUUAUAAUAAUGUAUGAUGAAGGUUCAGAACUAGUGGCCCAAUAAAAUUUAAGGUUUUUAUGACUAUUCAAGUAUCAGUUUGCUUAAAACUUCAAUCAAGCCCAAGCCAAUAUGAUACUGAUACCUAUAAUAGUAUAGAGAAGAAAAUAGUCAGUUGUAGUAUAGGUCUGCAACUAAUCAAGAUUAUAAAUAUUGGCUCUUUUUAUUUAUUAAUUGGGGUAGUAAUAAGUAUUACCCUACACUUAGCCCUAGACCUGUAGAGUAUACACAUUUUAAAGUUCACUUACAUACCGAUUUAUUCUAGUUUUACUUUUAAAAUAUGCUGUUUUGACAUUGAUCAACAUAAAAAAAAUCAUUAAGCCUUUGAAUAUUAGAUAUAGGUAGAUUAAAUUAUUUACAUCAAACUUUUAAGUUAAAAUUUAAUCAAAUGUGCACAUAUAGAUUUUUUACUUUGAUUUUUAUUAAUUUACAAAAAAGUUUGUCACACACCUGUGAACUGUGGUGUUCUAAAUUUUGCUGCUGAUAAUACAGAAAUGAAACUCCGGCAUCUUGAAUACAUAUGUCCGUUAGUCUAUCUAUAUAUAUUUAUAAAGAUGUAUAUUAUAGAAUAGACAUAUUCAGUCAUGGUUUUAAAGAUGCUAUACUUAUACUUCUGAUAAUUGUUGCUUUUUUUGCUAAUGAGUAGGCCUUUGCCUAAUGAAUAAUAAUAGCAUACUAAUAAAUGAUAUAGGUAAAUUUAUAUUACACAGUUAACUCUGUAAGUAUUUACUCUGUGCCUUAUCAUUUAUCGUGUUUGUGGAGAGCACCUUUCUGUUCAAUAAACACUGAAAAGUUAUCCAACCGUAUUGUCUGAAACAGCCAUAAUAUAAUAUAGUCCUAUAUGCCUAGGGCCUAUUCAUUAUUAUAUAUUUAUAUUUAUAAAGACUCAUGGUUUGAAAUUAAAUAAACACUUUUUGGUACUAAUUGUAAAAUACAUAAGGUUAACUUAUCUGGUGAUGACCCCAGACUCAUUUUAAUUAUAUUAAUUCAUCCUUCUGCUAUGUAUGGAAUAAAGAUGUGGGAAAUUUAAAACAAUGCAUGGGUUAAGAUUUAAUUACUAGAUGAUGAUUAAACUAAAGAAGUUUUGGCGGGAUGCAAUGUCAAUUUAUUUGAUAAUUAGUUGUUAAAGAAUUUUGCUUUUUUAAAUAUUAUAUCACAUUUAUUUCCACUCCAAUUCAUCACCAUUUUCAUCCUUUUCAUAUGCUUAAUUAUUUUCACCUCAUCAUUUUGUAAUCUAAUAAGUGGAUGACCCCGAACAUACCAAUGUGUAAAAGUUUUAAAGAAUGUUUUUAAAUAUAGAGUUAGGAAUCAUUUUAAACAAGACUCUUAUAUGGAACAUUUUAUAAAUAUAGUUAUGUUAUGUGAAAACGUACCCAACUAUUCCAAAAGACACAAUUUGUAGUUAAUUUCCGAUAUGAAGUACGUAAAUGAUUUGUAAAGAUGAUUCAAGCAGAGACCAACAUUUUUGUUUCUUCGUUAGUAAAAGUAUAACUAUAAAAUUUAGCCAACUUAAAAGAUUCUGGAUGGUUUAUUUAGAGGAAAAAAACAAUUGCAAAUAGCCUGACUGUAAUAUUGAGAAACUUUGUGUAAUGUGUUUCUAUCUAUCCUCCUUUCCUUAAAAAAAAAGAAAGAUAAAGCUUAUUAUUUUGUUUUUCAGAAUACACUGUGAAAUAAAUGUUUAGCAAUUAAUAGAAUUAUGAGUGGACCUUCAUAAGUAUUAUUUUGGAAAGACAUGAAUCAAGAUGGUGGGACAACGGAACAAUCUUCAGAUUAUGAAACUAGUGAUGCUAACACAAGUUCUUUGAAUAAUAGUUUAAGUGAAGAGGAAUUCUCAAUCGAAAGUUCAAAUAUCGAUAGUGGUGGAUUAAAAUUAACUAUUUCUUGUCGCAAAAGAAGCUGUGAAGAUGAACACGAUAAUUCAGCUGGAGCCCACUUGAACCAACAGAAAGACCAUUCUCGUUCAAGAGCCAAGCAUCUGAAUAUGGAAAAAGAGGUGUGGUCUAUGCCUCUGAUUGUUUAAAUGAUCAGUGUAAUUUUUUUUAAACUUCAACAGAAUUAGAAUUUAAAGAUCAAUCACUUACAAAUAAUAACUCCUUUACCAUAUGCCUUCAGAUUCUUUUGUAUGUGUCAGAUAUUAAUUUAUUUAUCACUGUAUAGAAGAUUUUUUAUUAGUUCUGAAUUCUUUUUGUAAAGAGUUAAUUACUACAUUAAAGGUAAAAAUGUAACUGGCAGCUUUAAGAAUGCUUCUCAAAUAGAGCAAAAGACUUGAUCAAAAUAAUUUUGAAAUAAUAUUGUGUAUCUGUUUGGGUUCAUCCACAUCCACUGUGUUUUGUAUACCCUUCAUCACAAUUCAUAACAUUUUUGUAAACAGUACAUCAGUGCAUGUCUGUUUUAUCAUCACUCUCUAUAUUAUAUAUAUAGUUCUGAAUACUUAUGUUUUUCCUACCUUAAUAGUCUUUAUGAUUAUUUCCAGAUAUCUGAGAUGAACUGUACAAAUGAAGACUACCUACAAAAUUCAGAUUCUCACAAAGAGUUACCUAAAUCAGGGCACUCAUACAGUGACCAUCCUUCUUAUAAUGAAGGGGGUAGAUUUUUUAUGGCACCCACAAUGAGCCCCUCAAGAUCAUCGAAGGGGAGUCAGCAAAAAGCACCUUCCUCCAAUGAAUGCCAGAAUUCUGCCUUGUUUGUCAGUACUCAGAGUGAUAGUAGCACUGUUGUUUUUAAAUCAGGGACACAAUUAGAAGUAUCAAAAAGCAGUGAUGUUCUCAAAGGCUUUAAAAGAUUCAAACAGGAAGGCAGCAUUAGUAUUUCAUCUUUACAUGACAGUCAUGAACCUCUGCUUAGAUUGGACACCUUGCCCAAUGUGUCCCCAGACAGUGGGAUUAUAUCCUUGGAUGAAUCUCCCUUUGGCAGUGAAUCCCCAAAUUCUUUUGUAAAUGGUGACUGUAGUGCUGAGUUACAACAUGGGCCACAGAGCUCUUUUACAAGCACAAGUCACCAUUUACACAGAAGAACAGUUACCAUUGAUGAUACCAUGAAACAAAACUCAUUAGUUGAAGAGGGAAAGGAGCAUAAUGGAAAUGAACAUUCUACUGGUGAACUGUCUGAACAGGAGGGAGCUAAAGCCACAGCUGUUGAUUUAACAAAAGAGCUUACAAAAAUAGCUCCUUCAAAAGAGAGUGACAUGGACUGCUGUACAGAUGAAGAUGUUGUGAGUUCACCAGUAAUCGCAAAUGGAAGUGGUGUUAUUUUGUCUUCCCCUCACAAAAUAAGUCAAACAAUGGGUCGUAAGAAAAGGGGUCGACCUCCAAAGCAAAAGAAGUCCUUGCUACUUAGGCAUAAAAGAAGUACAAUUUACAGUGGAUUAUAUGGUGCCAUACCCAUUGUACCUCAUGCAGACUAUAAAAGUCCAUCAUCUGCAGACAUACAUGGAGGUAGUUUCAAAAAAGUAUCCGACAUUUUGAGUGGAAAACCUGGCCAAGCUACUGAAAUUGUCAAAAGUGCAGAUAUUGAAGAGGUGAAUGAUGUUUCCUGUGAUAAUACUUCAUUUAAAAAGAGGAGCCCUGGUCGACCUAAAGGAUCAGUGUCAAAGAAGAGUACCAACACAGAUGUGUUUCGUCAUGCUUAUAAAAACGUUUCACUUAAGUCAAAGACUGUUAAUUUAAAAGUAAAAAAUAACAUUGGUUCCAAAUUCAAAAAAGAUGUAGCUAAACGUCCUCGUGGCAGACCCCGUAAAAACUUAGUUCCAACAGAUAGUCAUUCUCACUGUACAUUAGAUAAUAGUGAUUGUCAUAAAGUAAAUUCAAAGUUUCUUGUGAAUGAUGACACUAUAGUAAAUAAUAAAUCUGUACGGAAAAAACAUUUUCGUAAAAGAGUUUUCACCCAAAAGAAAAGAAAGCCGCAUAUUUUUAAAACAAGCAAUAAUGUUCCAAAUCAAAUAAUUCAGAAAGCAAUAUCUAACCCUGUUGCUGUUGAUAAAAAUAAAAUGAACUCUGCUGGGUCUUUAAAGUUAGAGCUGUCUGUUCCUGAUUCAAGUCCUGACAAGAGGAUAUAUCAUGGUGGAUUGAAGGCUAAACCUCAUGCCAGUCCUGAAAAAUCAGUUUUUCAAGACAAUGACCUUGAUGCAUUACUUAAAAGUGUUAAAUCCUCAAUCACCAGCCAGUUUACAACUGAGGAUCCGGGCAGUGACAUCAUAGGGAACAUUUCUUUUGUCAAUCCUUUUAAAGUUUCCGAGCCAUCACCAUUUCCCAAAAUGACAAGACCUGAAUCACCAAAAGUUGUUAAACCUAAAUCCAAAAAACCCAAACUACAUGUGAUGAUGAGGAGAACCAAGCGCAAAAAGCGAAAGAAGUUACCUGCCAAUAAAGUUGUCCCCCCAACUCCACCGCCCCCUAAAAAGUUAAAUGUCUUCAGCACUGUUGAACCUCUCAAAAAGAUUGGAAAAUUCUCAGUUGUCCCUCAGAAAAAGACGGGCACCUUUGGUUCCCCAACAUCUGAAAAGCGUUUAUCAUUUUUUACAUCUUGUGUUCAGCCAUCUAAGAUACUAGCAACUAGUCGCUUAAAUGUUUUCCGUUCUGGCACUGGUGUUGAUGAAGCACACAGGUCAGGAACUCCUACAGACACUGAUCAACCAGAUUGCUUUGAUAAACGAGGCAAAAGGCGCCAUCGCCUAUUGUACAGAAAGUCCAAACAUAAAAACAUCAUAGAUCCUGUCUUUGCUGCUGAUUUGGAUACACUAGUUUCAGGAUUAAACGGAAUGUUCUUAUCGGAAAACCCUGCAGACAACUAUAUAAGAGUUCGUCCUGGAGAGAUGCCAUUGCCUUCAAUAUUUAGAGUUAUUAAGAUUGACGUUAAUAAGAAGACAAAAGAUAGAAUUCUUGCCUCUGAAACAUCUGUAUUAGAUAGAAACAAACCACGAAAAGAGACACCUUCACCUUAUGAUUCACCUGCUGCAAGCUUUAAGCCUAUUUCUAAAGUUGGCGGCAGAAAGAAAAGUUUUUCAGAUCAAGUUGGAGAUCAGCGUGAGCUUUCAUCAAUUAGUGAUUCUAGUGACCAGUGGCUUCCACCUAAAAAACGGCACAGGCUAGUUAACUUAGACUCAACUCAAUUUAGCUCUCCUUUAAACUAUUUCAAUGAUUCUACAUCACUGAAAAAAGAUUUAAAGAUACAAAGAAAAGGAAAAAGACUUAGAAAAACAUUGUGCAAUGAGGACAAUAAAUAUGGUAAAUUAUUUUCUAUCUAA